ACACAUUUGCCAAUGUUAGUGUUUGGUUUGACUGUAGCGGAACUCGGGAGCUUUUACUUUGAAAUGUCGUAGCUGUUGCAGCGCCUCACCGGUGAGAACAGGCUGAGGAGGAUUACCGGGGGCUGGUUCGUCCUCGGCUGCAUUAAAGCUGGAGCUGCAGCUGCAGCACACACAUCAAAGGCUCUCCUUCUUCUUCUCCUCUCUACAGCUCCUACUGACGACAGUUAUUUUAAUUUUUUUUUAAUUUUUAUUUUGGAUGGUGAAGCCAUUUUUAUAUCUUUUACGCACAGCGGGAUCGGUGUCCGCUGCACACAACAGGACAUAACACGGACAUAUCUCGAAUUUCAGCUGUCUACGGUAAGGCUGCGCUCGGAUUGCUCGUAUAUGACUGGAUCUGUGUGGGCGGGACAACACAUAAAGAAAAUGUGUUUUGUAUUUUCGCGAUAAGGACUGACAACGAAGUGUGUUUUUGACGCUGAGGUGUCUUACCGUGACUAUGGAGCUUCGGUAGGCUAUUCACAUCCACUGUCGAAAUGAUCCUAUCACUCUGAAAUGUCAAAAUGAUUAUACAUCGUAAUAACAAAUGUAUAGCUGCACAGUAUAUUCAUAAUAAUACAUUUUAAUAUUCCAUAGAUGAUAUUGCUGAGAUGUAGUUUAUCAGGCCCCAAGGAGUAAAAUGUGUCUCUCUGCAAUCAGUGAGAUCAUCAAUAACAACCUCGUGAUGCAUCGUGUAUACCUUAUAUUUUUCCCUAUAGAAUUAAAGUCUCUGAUUCUACUCGUCCUGUAGACUUUUAUUCUUUUUUAAUAAUAUGCAACACAUAGCCUAUUUAAGUAAGAAUGCAAUGUAGGAUCACAUCAGCGCUUCUGCGUAAUGCAUCAUCCUGUCAUAGAACAACUGCAGUCAUGAUGUCGGUGCACUUGUGGGGGAUGACUGAAUAGAAUAGAUCUGUUUAGAAAAAAUGUCUUUGAUUUUGUUUUGAUCAAACUAAGACUCGCAUUUAUUCGUUUUUUUUUUCUGCUGUCUUGUCUCCAGUCGAGUCUUCUCGAGAUGCUGCUCUAAGGAGACAACAGCUCAGGAUCCUGCUUGUGUUCUUCCUGUGGCUGCAGUGAACAGAGGGGAGAUUGCGGUACAACAAGGUUAAUAAUCAGCACCAAUACUGGUCUUUUCUGCGAGCGGGAGCCAACUUCAAAGGGUGAAUCUUGCCCCUGUGUGGGGGGAUCAGCGGAGAAAUAUAGAUCUAUAAAAAAUUAUGGCCACCCUACUGCGGAAAAUCGGUCUGAUCCGUCUGCACGAUCGAGACACCGAGGAUCCAAAGCACCAUCAGGGCUCAUUAAAGGGGACCAAAGGGAACCAGAAAAACAACACCAACAAACACUGUCAGACAGCCAACGAAACCAACAUCCUGAGUACCCCGGAGAUUAAGGCGAAAAAGCUGGACCAGCACGGCAAGGACAAGCCGUCCGGCAAGGAUAAGCAAGGAAAGGAUGCGAAGGAGAAGCAGCAAACCGGAGGAGGAGGAGGAGGAGGAGGAGGGAGCAAAGCAACCAGUGCCUCCUCGAUACCACCGCUGGCGCCUCACCGGCAACACUGCACCCAGGUCCGGACGCGGAGGCUGAUGAAGGAACUACAGGAGAUCAGGAGGUUAGGGGACAACUUCAUCUCGGUGGAGCUGGUAGAGGACAACCUGUAUGAUUGGAACGUCAAGUUGCACCAGGUUGACAAGGACUCAGCGCUGUGGCAGGACAUGAAGGAGACAAGCACCGAAUUCAUACUGCUCAACGUCACCUUUCCAGAUAAUUUCCCCUUCUCGCCGCCGUUUAUGCGCGUCCUGACACCUCGGCUAGAAAACGGCUACGUGCUGGACGGUGGGGCCAUAUGCAUGGAGUUGUUGACCCCCCGCGGAUGGUCCAGUGCUUACACGGUGGAGGCGGUCAUGAGGCAGUUUGCAGCCAGCCUCGUAAAAGGACAGGUGAGAGGAGGAAGGGCUGGUGGGUGAGGGUCAUGCAUGGAGCAUUAUCAACCACGAGGCAUGCUGCUCAUCAUCCUCAUCAUCCUCAUCAUCAACAUCAUCAUCAGUGUACCUAUUUUUGGCCUCAACACGCACUGGAGAUGAGCAAUUCUGUUAGUCACUCAUGCUCUAUGCGUAAUUUCAGCGUAACUGCUUUUACGCAAAACUGGUUAUGUCCACAACCGAGCUGUUAUACAAAUGUUUGAGCCAGUAUUUCGAUAGAUACACGUGUAAAACUUCCAAAAAAAUGGAACUGUAAUUUUUGUGUUUGGUAGAGAUCAACAAAAGAGGUAAUUUUGUAGCAUAUUCUGUGCUCGAUGUAAGCUACAUCUUUGGCUUUUAGUCUCCACACCCACAAUGAGCAUAAAGGAUAGUGAAUGCUCUUUAUUUUUAUGAGACAUAAUGGCAGCCAUUUCAUGCAGUGCAACCCUCAGUAUCUCACUGAUGUCAGCUCUCUUCUGCGGUCCUACUUUGCUCUCCCUCUAUCUCCUUUAUAAAGCAGCUGGUCUUAAAACAAAGACCAGUUUGUGCGUAAUGUUUCUUUACAGGCUGUAACAUAGACUCACUGUAUAUGUUAUCGUAUUCUAUCGGAAAUUAUGACUGUGCUGCGCGCUAUGGCUGAGAGAAAGAGAUGAAUAAGGAGAGACAGCAGGUUUGCCUACCUAGGCUACUGCAGUCCUCUGUGACUUAGACUGACUAUGUUAUGUAAUACUGUCAAAUCCGUUGUGCACGUCCUCAGUGCACUGCAGCAGCUCUGUAAUUCCGAUGGAAAUGGUGGCACCAUUAAACAGCCUUCAUUCCGGGUCAUUUUGUUUUAAAUCAGAUUAGAAUGUUUCUUCUUUCCCACCCGUAAGAAUAGUUUUUGUCUUAUGUAUUUCUCUCAUACUGGUUUUUGUGCGUCCGCGUCUUUCUGAUCGACUCGUGUGACUUUUGACGUCAGCAGUAUGACAGCGCUGUGGCAGGAGACCUUAUGUAAACCGUCACCGGGUUCUCCUCCCGUCCACCCCCCUCCCUCCCUAACCCGCUGUGCUUUUUGUCUUUGAUGAUAUAACUGAACGUUAUUCCUCUGUUAUCUGUGGUCAUUACGCAUCUGUUGGUAGGUCGACUCAUGUAGGAAAGGGUACCCAAAACAGACAGACAGACAGACAGACAGACAGAUAGAUAGAGAGUGUUUUCUUCUUGAUUUGCUGCUUAAGGAGAUGGCUGAGGAGCUCUGCAGUGCUCCCUAAUUAUGGUGCAGACUCUUCCCUCUCCUGUUGGCUAAUGGAAACGGUAUUGAUUAAUUAUUCCUGUGUGUUUGUGCAUCAUUGUUGCUGACUCUGUUGUUGCUAUGUGCUUACAGAUAUCCUCGCAUAGAUGUAGAUAUGACAAACUUGACAGGCAGAACUCUACUGUAUAUGCCUAACCUUGAAUCCUGAAUAUGACUAUAAAGGAAUAGCAGUGCUGCUGGGUUUUUAGUUAUUCCUCUUUCAGCACUUUGACAAUAGUAGUGUAGUUUCUUGAAAUGUUGCUGUUUAAUUUCUAAAGAUGAGAGGCUGCUUACUUUCAAUGACUUAAUGCAGAGGCAAAAUACGACAGAGACACACAUUAUCUCCUUCAAGUGUAUGAGAACACAAACAACAGCACAAGCUAGAUAAAGACGUCGCAGAAAAUCCUCAGUACAUCAGCCUGGCCUUCAAAAGAACAACUCUCAAUGCUCGAGCAUCAAAACAAUCUUUUCACAAAGUUAAUUGUGUUCUGGUUUGUAACACUGAGUUUUCUGCAGCAUCUUAUUCUGAAAAGAAGUCAUCAUAACAACAGUUAUGUUUUCUGUACAGCAGUGUUUAGAAAGGGAACUUAAAUCGUUGCAUUAUGGGUGUGCAAGGCAAUUCUUUAAAGCUUAUUUACUUUUUUAGUCAGGUUGAAUAAGAUUUUUCAGCCAGAGUGUUUCAAUUAUUACACAAAAAUCCUACUAUCUUGAACCUGUGGUAAUAUAUAUAUAUUUUUUUACUUUUAACAUCGUUCUUUUGUUUUGUUUUUUCAGAAGUGCUUGACUCACAUUUUCCUUUAUGAUGAUGAAGUGUAGGUGAAAGUCCUUUAUUUAGACUUUGCUCUAAAUGAGAUAGGAUUGCUGAACAGACUUUGUAGAGAUGGAAUGAAAUAUCUAUUACUGGUUAAUUACCUGGAUACAAAAAUGAAUGGUUUGUUUUUCUUUCAUGAGGAUGAACCUUUUAUAUCUCACAGGGCCAGGUCCUUAUCCAUGAAGGUUAUCUUUGAACAUGUUUCAGGCACACGACUGGCAUACAUGUUUUUGUGUGUUAUUUAGUGACAAACUGCCUGAAAUCCAGAUUUAGAGUGGGGGCUAGGUACAAAGAAUUUGUAUUGAUAGACGUUUUUGAUGGUAAAAUUUUGAUAUCAUGCAUGAUAACUGCUGCUUAAUCGGAAAGUUAGAUACGGCUAAAUAUUCCCACUUUUACACACUGUACAUUUAAAGUCCUAAUCAAACACUGUGAAGAAUCUGUGCGCACCUGAUCGUGCAAGUCUUUCUUCAUGUUGACAUAUUUAUUCACCCUAUGUUUACAUCACAACAGACUCUCAGCUGGUAUAAGAUCAGCAUCAAAACAUAAACAGCCAAAAAGACUGCCUCAGUUUUCGGUCAUCCAAUCAGAGAACCUCUGAGACUGACAUCACCUUAAGCUACUUAGUACUGAAUUAGCUAGAGAAGAGUCAGAAGUUACAUUAAACCAUAGCAAACAUUAAGCAUCCAUACAACUUGAAAAUCCCUAGAAUGCCGGAAACCACAAAUUAUGGCCAGAAAAUUAUAAUUUUUUGGAGCUGAAAUGUUUAUUUUACUUACUACUGAAAACCAAAAAAAUCAAAAUGUCCUUAACAUUGAACAAAUAUGUUUAUUUAUCUCGUUUGAUACAUUAGACUGAUAGAAACUGCUCAUAUUGAUUGAUAAAAGUAUCAUAAAAGUAUGUAUCAAAUAUGAUACAAAAGGCAAUAAAGGGCUAUGAGCUUUGUCAUUAAUACCAUCCUGUAAUGACUAUAUUCCCUCAGGAAAACUUGAAAUAUUAACUAAAUAUGUCAUAUCAAACACUUAACUAAAGUGUUUGAAUGUCCAAUUAUAUGAAUGUAUUGUUGUUUAUGAUUAUACUAAACAAAUACUUUAAAAACAGGGGGAUAAAAUUGAUAGAAUAUUCUUUUUAUUAUUAUUAUUAUUAUUAUUAUUAUUAUUAUUUUAAAAAAUGAAUAAAAUAAACCAAUUCCAAUCCAGGCUUUGCAGAAAAGGGAAAACAAUUUUAAACUCUUUAAAAGGUGCCCACACCAGAAUACACAAACUAAUUGGGAUCUCAUAAUUCAAGUAUUACAUAAGACCAGCUUUAUUUAGACUAACUACACAUCAAGAGCAUAGUUUAUCACAUUUAUUGGAAGUUUGUGUCCUAAAAGGCCACUGCUGUGCCAUCAGUUAGAACCUGACUGCUAGAUAUCCCUAAAUAUUCCCAUUUCUACGUAUUGUACCUUUAAAGUUCCGGAAAUUAGUGUCUGUGCCCUUUUACUUUUCUGGCUGUCAUUUUUUUGACAAAAAUUUACCAAAAAAGACACUGAAGAGAGAACAAUUGUUCUUCUGGAUGUGAACGAUAACUUAAUACAGAUAAAAACUUCUCUACUUUAAUGGGUAGUUCAUCAACUGAAAUGGUCUUUCUAUUGAAUUUGGAGACUUAAAUUUGUGGUUUUAAGGACUCCAGUUUUGUACUGCUGUCUUCUUUAUUCAAUAAGGUUCCUUUAACCCCAUCCAUCAAUUCCCACGAAAUCAAAUGAUCAGUUUGUCCUUUUGUGAACUUGUUUUGGAGGAAAAAAAAGGGUAACCAGAGGACUUAACAAUUGGAUAAAUCUAAAAAAAAAAAAAAGACACCAGUUCCUUCAUUUCCUAUCAUGCAGUCUGAUAAUGUCUUUUAUUUGAGUCCUCCUUUGAGUUUGUGUUUCCUCCCAAAUACGCCAAUACAAAAUCAGUCACGCCUGUUAAAAGUUUCCUGUUUUCUGUGACGGACUAUGUUGUGGUUGACGAAGUUUCCUUUUUCUCUGCAUAGAGCUGAUCGACAACUAGAUGCUCUGUCCACUGUGUGCAGACAGAGACAUUUAGACCAUUGAUUUCAAAUAUCUGUAUAUAAAAAAACAUUAGCAUUGCCCUUUAAUGACCCCACCAUCAGUCCCACAGGGCUCUCCUUAAUGAUCUAAUGAGGAUGAUGAUGACAUUGAUCUCUGUUUGUUUAUCUCAUCCCCUUUAAACACAUGUCUGGGUUAUGCAACUGCCCUCCCCCCAGAGCUGCUUUUCCCAUCAUGCAAUGGGGCCUUUCCUGCUCCGCUCAUUGACUGAUCUCCAUUCACACGAUUACCCAGCAGCCACUUUACACGAGUGUGUACCUCUCGUUGAGCAGGCGCUUAGCUGAAAUAGAUAAACACUGACAUGGCACUGUAUAGGCCCAGGGCACCCACUUAGCUGAGCAGCAAGACACACACACACAUACACACACACACACACACACACACUCUCAUACACACACUUGCAAGUUUGUGUACCAAUUGUGGGCCUUUGUCAUGCCAAACCCUUCCUGUGGAUAAAAUGGUUGAUUAACAUCAUGUUUGCCCUCUUUAUCCGCAUCCUCUUCGCAGUCUACUUGUUUUUGGAAUUGUUCAAGUAUUGUCUGUUUUUAUUCUUCUGUCUCUUUGUCACAUUUUUGGUCAAUCUGUAUCAUCAGCACAUUUUAAAAAGGUUCACAGUGGCAACAAACGGAUAAGAGAUCAACAGCAGUUAUAAAUAAAAACAAGUAAAUGAUACCACAGUAAUUGAUUUAUGACAACAGGAUGUUAGCAAAGGGUACAUUUGUCCCUGGCUGUCGUCGAUCGACAUGGUGAUCACACCUCUUUAAUGCUGGCCUGUAGCCAUAAUGAUAUACAUCCAAGGCAGCAGUCACCAUUUUGAGGUGAUGACAGCUACCAUAUGGCCGGGUGUAAAGAUGUGUCAGAUUUUAUGAAGUUGCCUGUGACUCGAAAAAAAAAAAACAACAUCCCAGCCUUCCACGAAUGUUCUCUAACCGGAGCCAAAUAGUACAAUGUCUUUGUUCAUCAACCCAGGUGAUCUAUUAUUAGCACUACGGUUCCCUGGCUGUACAGAGAGGCAGAACAGAUUUCAGGCAGCUCCACUUUGGUGUCACCCAGCUGGUUUGUUCUCCAUUUUUAAUGCUAUUUGUAUCAGUUACUCAAGAAAAGAGGAGGUUGUCAUUAGACACGAUUUGGUGGGGAAGAGCAACAGAAACAAGCCCCCAAGGCUGUUGCAUGCAAUACCUUUCAAAAUGAGUCACUGACUGAGUCAUGUAUUGAGUUUUUCAAAACAAACCAGGCUCUUGCUGAAGAUGAAGACUUGUUUUAGCUUGUUUAAAUCUUGUAAUCAUUUUCAAUAUGAGAUCGUAGUGUACAUUUACAGCUGGAAUUGAUGCCAAUAUUGAAGGAAAUACAUGUCGAUAUAAAAGAACCAGCACUUCCAACUUUGUGUGCGUCGUAAAAGCUGGAUUUAGCAAGAGUGAAAUGUCUCUAAGCCCUGCAGAGAAAUGAGGCCAGCAUUGCUACAGGAAUGGAAACUGUAACCCUAAUCUCCAGAUCAUUCAGCGUUACUACCUCAUCUCCCUUCAGCCUCCUACAUCACUUCUGACCCAAAAUAGCUGAGCAAGUUCACAACAGGACAAACUGAUCAUCUGAUUUCGUGGGGAUUGAUGGAUAGGGUUAAAGGAAUCUCAUUGAAUAGAGAAGACAGCCAUACAAAACUGGAGUCUUCAAAACCUGUUUUUCAUGAAAGGAAAUUAUGGUUUUGGAGGUUAAAGCAUUGAAGACUCAAGGUGGUUCAGGUUUCGUAAUCUCACCCCAAACGUGUUUUUGUGUGUGUGUGUGUGUGUGUGUCUGUGUGUGUGUGUCUGGCCUUCUUCCGAUGUAACACUGCUUAAGUGUGUACAGUUCCUCUGCAGAAUAGUCCAGAUAGUUCCAGAUAGUGUUCAAACGUAGAAAGUUACAGUAGCCGUUGUUAACCAGAAACUGUGGAUGAGAAAAGGAAAGACAGAGUAGAAAAAUAUAAACACCAAGUCUUGCUUUUUAUUUUUCACCCCUGUUGUUUUGUAAUUUGGGAUUUUCUUGAGCUCUUUUUUUAUUAGAAAGAUAGGAAAGAGUUGAAAUUAAGUUCAGAUUACAAAAGAACGACGGGAGUGGACGUUUCCUCACUCUAGAUAACAAAUGUGUUUUUUCAACUGAUUGUGAAACUUACAUUGGUUUGAACUUCUCUGUUAAGCUUCUCAAAUGGGAAGUUUAUUGAAACUGCUAUUUCACUAUCUGGGGCUUUUGAUCACCAGAUGGUUUUGUGUUUGUUGUAAGACUUGUUUGGCCAGGGUCUAUAUCUGGAUUAUGUGUACCUCGUAAAAAGUAGAUGGUUGAUUUGACACUUUGUAUUUAGUGGAUUCAAAAGCAAACAGGAUCUAACAUGCUUUAAAGAUCUUUAAAGGAAGAGUUAUUAUUUUCAUCAAGAGCCAGGCUGGAUGUUUCCACCUGUUCCCAGUGUUUGAAACCAGCUAAACAGCAGCUCGCUGUUUCUCAACAUUUACAGAUUGGGGAGAUAUAAAAGCGAUGCACAUUUUUUAACCCCCAUUUUUGGCAAGGUAUCAAUCAAGCACUUCCAACAGUGUCAAACUUUUCCUCUAAGACCAAGUUGGAAAAUGAAAUGGGUUGAAAAUGUUGCUCCCUUCCCCUCUGUGGAGUGCAUCAUCUAAUAGAAUUUCAUUGGUGUUUGUUUUAUUGAAGAAAGGCAGUCCCAGCCAGUGGCGUUUUCCACCCUCAGCAAAUUUGUGUUAUAUAGGAUUUAAACCUGCAAUGACUAACCUGAGGUGUUACAGUGAACCAGACUUACAACAAUAAAGUGAGUUAACUAUAUUAGAAAUGUCAGUACGACUGCAGAAUCACAAGUGGAGAGAUGACCUGAUCUUCACUACCUUCUCUUUUGUGACUCUGGCUCUUCUAAAGAAGAAACAAUGCUCACCAAAGCGCCGUGACUUAUUGAAACCAAACAAACUCAUUGCUGUGUAUCUAGUGUUCAGCUCAGUAUGAUUAUCGUUGUCUCUUUUUCGCUCUAGGACUCACAUGUUCCUCUUUGGAGAAAAUGUAGCUCUGUCUGCAGCAAAGACAGACAGCAGCAGCACUAUUACAUUCAGCACAACACCUCCUUUUCCCUUUUUUUGCCUGUUGUCAUCCUAUAGUUAUUCUUAGCUCCAGUGUGUGAGAGUGAGAAGUCUUCAGUAAGGUGGUGAAAGCAUCUCUGUUGUCUACUUCAGUUGCUUUUCACACUGAGCACAAGAGGUUAGCAUGCUGGUAGAUUUUUUUAUAGUUUCUUUUUUUUACGAUUCUCUUAUCUCCUUGUGGCUCAGUGUAGCGGAUUUUCCCUUUUGAUCGAAUUUGACAACUUAAAAGCUUUUCCUUGUGUUUAAACAUUGACCUAAUGUUAGUCAACCUGCAUCCAGACAGUUUGCAUUGUAAACAUCUCCCUUGUGGCGGUGCAUUUACCUUUGCAUCAAUCCAUGGGGCCAUAAGGGUUGUGUGUGUUUGUUUGUUUUUCUUCUGUAUUUUGGCAUGAAAGACUUCAGAUUAGAUAAAUAAAUAUGAUUUUGGUAACACUUUACUUGACGCCUAUCUCUAUAACUCAUAAUAAAUAUAUGUAUAAUGCGUUAUAAUCAAGUUAUAGCACUGUAUAACUAUGGUUAUAAACACUCAUAAAUGAUCAUAACACUUUGUGGCAAUAAUUAUAACACAUUAUAAAGCAUUUUAUCAUGACUUACAAGGUCAGGUAUUAUAAUGUGUUAUAACUGCUAACAACUCACUGACAAUGCCCACAUAGAUAAUACAAUGCAACUGUUGUUAACAGUUAUAACACAUUAUAAUAUCUGACAUUGUAAGUCAUGAUUAAAUGCUUUAAAAUGUGUUAUGAUUAUUGCCACAGUGUUAUGAUCAUUUAUGAGUGUUUAUAACUACAGUUAUACAGUGCUAUAACUUGAUUAUAAUGCAUUAUGAAUAUGUUUAUAAUGAGUUAUAGAGAUAGGUGUCAAAUAAAGUGUUACCAUGAUUUUCAUCUGCAACAUUCGAAUGAAUAAUUGACUUAGUUCUUUUUAUGCAAAGGUGCCCAAAAGGCGGUUGCAGUUUUGCAGAAGAUAGCACCACAGCCUUGUCUCCCACACAAGCCAAGCUACCUAAUUUUGAAGCUUCAGAAAUCAUUGCAUUUGCCCAAUAAUACUAUACAUAUCUAUUCAUAUAGGCCUUAUUGGGUUUAAAUUCUGAAUGAGAUACGAGCCAUAAACACAACGAUUGAGAUGCGUGUGCAUAAGGUUCUUUUUUAUGAAUUCUGAAGCUAUUACUUCAAAACAGCAUAAUUUUCCUAGAUAUGAAUAAGCUUUGAGGUAGGAUCAUGAUUUUGGUUCAGUGCCUUUUGGUGCCAAUAGUUUGGUGCAAUUUCAUUGAGAAUCUUAACUUUUUGACAGACAGCCAGACAAACAAUUAUGUCAGCUGAAAACAGCUUUUGGCAGACACUGUUAAUCCUUGCGAGGCUGUAGCCAAGAUUUAAAAACUCUUUGGCCAUGAGUUCAUCUCCUUGUAGAGCAACACAUUUUUAAAACAUAUUUGACUACAAAUGAACAAAAAUAUAUCUUUCACAUUCCCUUCACUUACAGACUUUAAAUAUUUACACUAAUGUCUCUAAAAAAAUGUCAAAUAUAGAUUUAAUAGUAUCUGUUUGAUUCUUGUCUUAAGAGUUCAAUACAUACAAUGAUCUUUUCUGCGCUACCAUCAAAAAUAAGCUUUCCAUUAUGCAGGUUUUUUAUGUCCUUGUGUGCAUUGUUUGUAGAGCUGCAGAAUGUAAACUCAUCCAAGAGAUAUAAUGAGAGACACUGCUUCUGCUUUUGUCAUGAAGUCCCUGGCACAGAUGAGAUAAGAUGGGAGAACAUUCAUUUUAGAUUUGAAUAUCUGCGUUGUUGCAGAGCCAGCAGUGUUUCCAUAACAAUCAAGUCAAAAGUCAAUCACUUACUGUCAAAAGUUCUCACCACAAAUGUCACUAACGUCUUUUCUUCUCUUCCUCUCCUCUGUCAUCUUUCACAGGGGCGUAUAUGCAGAAAAUCAGGGAAAUCCAAGAAAGCUUUCAGUCGUAAAGAAGCCGAGGCAACAUUCAAGUCCCUGGUGAAGACCCACGAGAAGUACGGCUGGGUGUCUCCACCUGUGUCCGACGGCUGAGCGCUGAGCUGACAACACUCCGUCCCCUGUGCUAGCUGGACGAACCCCCGGCUAGCCCUGACACGCAAAACGACACACCACGCUAACUCAACAAUCUCUCAUCUUCACCCUUUGCUGAUUGACUCCUCUCCGUUUUUGUGUGUCUGUGAUUUUAUGUUUCGGGGGGUUCAUUUUUGGCCCUUAUCUUUACCAAAAGGCUAUGAGAGAAGACGCAUCAUCAUCACCAUCACUCCUUCGCAGAGAAGCAACUUUUCUUGCCCUCCCUCUUUCCCAGGGAUGUUCUCUCCCCGUAUUUCGGAGAGACCUGAGAGAGAAGUGUAUGUGUAGGUGUGUGUGUGUCUUAGUAUGUGUAUGUUAGUCGCUACAAGGGACAUCAGCUGGGAGUGUGUGCAUGUGCAUCAGAGUGUACAUUACUGUCAGUGGGAUACAUUUGGUUUCGUUUUGUUUUGUUUGUUUGCACACACAAGCACAUGCAGUGGGAAAAAUCGGACAUUGUGGAGCUUUCCACCCAUGUGAAGACUACUGAAUGAAGAAGACUCAUCCCCUUAUCCCGACCUCUUCAUCCCUCCUUUUUUCUCUUCGGUAUCUUUCGUCCCCGUCCUUCUCUAAAGCACUAAACUGGCAUCACAUCCCGACCUCUUUCUCUGUAGCUGUUGGUUCAUUUACAUAUAAAUGAAGCCGUUAAUGUUUAAUAGACGGCAGCACACUCAUUCACUCCUUCAUUUCCCCUUUUUUUUGUCAACUGUGCCGUUGCUCACAGUUCAAUGCAACAUAAAGAUUGUAAUUUACAUGGAGCUGUGCUCUUUCUCUAUCUCUCUCUCUAUCACUUCCUUUUAGCUUGCUCGUUCACUUUGUUUCUUUCUCUCUUCUUUUCUCUCUCUAUAUCUCUCUCUGUCUCUCCGUCCUUGUGGCUAAAUUUAGAGCUCACUGUUGUGUAGAUGGAUUAUUGAUUUCUAACGAAGAAAUAAGAAGUCACAUGUUGCUUUAUGCAGAGACUAUGUAUGAUAAAUAGAAUGACAGUCGGUCACCUCUCUUUCUUUACUCUCAUGUUAUCUUAUAGGUGUGUGAGGAGGAUGUGCGGCUGUAGAGAGGAAGAAGACUGUAAUGCCUAUGAUUUAGAUACCAGAUGGUACAGCUGAAGGCCAGGCUUGUGUGUGUGUGUGUGUCUGUGUGUGUGCAUGUGUGAGCAAGGGAGACAACCCUUUAAACAGAGAAAAAUGUGAUUUACUGUGAAUGACACUAAGGCCUAAAGGGAGUGCUGUUUUAUGUUAAAUUAUUGUCGCUGUCUUACUCUAUGUCCUAUGUCAGCUCCUGAUUACUACUACUGGGAACACACAUGUGGUUGUUACUGAGUAUGAACACACACAUAGCCUCAUCUGUCUUUCUGGGCCGAGUAAAGAGCGAAAGGUCGGCAGAACGAACGCUUCAAAUGAUUAGCCAGAACACAUACCGGCACUUGUGUGUACACCUGCAGCAGCUCCACCACCCAAGACUGAAGACAAACAGGGAAAGGAGCGCCGCCGCCGUCAUGGAUGGAGUGGUGCUUAAAAUGAGCAAACGCUUCAGAGCCCGUCUGAUUGAUGUCUGUUAGAGGAGAAGAAGAAGAAGAAGAAGGAACCAUAAAAGGAAUUGUGGGAGCUUUGAUCGCUGAUGGCUGCUUCUAGGAAAUGUCAGGUGGCUCGAACAAAAGGCCGAAGACAGACAUUACUCGUCCAACCUGAUUGUGAUUAGUUAGAAACACACUGUUCCUAAAUUCCAACCUUUAGAAGGACUUACAUAAAUAUCUAAUAUUAACUCCACAGACGUUUCAAUCAAUCAGGCGCCUGCUUACCUCAGACUAUCUGUCCGUCAAGUCCAGUGAGCUCCUCGUGUGUUUGUUUUGCUAUCUGCCAGUUAAAUGUCAGGGGGGGAAAGCUGCUAAUUGGUCUGACAUUUCAGCAGAGCGUCAUUAGAGAAGAGCAGCUGAGAGCAGAGGGACGGAGGAUGUCAAACCUCCUGCCCGGCACUGACAUUUCCUCAGUUACCACUUCUGCCCUGCCUUUUUUUUUUUUUAGGGGAGGGUCGAAUAUGAGGAGGGCAGAUAAGUUGAUUCUGGUCAAUGAGGAGAGGCGAAGGUAAAAGAACAGCUCUGAGUCGGCCUAAAAGUAUUCCAAGAAGUGAGAUGUUGAAACCUCUAAGCUGAAGCGGGGCCUCAAAGCCAGCAUGUCGUGAUCUCCCGUGUGUCGCGUUUGUGGCUCAUGAUGAUGAUGAGGUUUUUUUUUUUUUUUUGUGAGUGCAUGUGUGAGCAAAUGUGUUACACUCCUAUCAUGAAAAAAAUAGGCAAAAGAAAAAAACUACAACACACCAUCUGGUAUGUGAUCAUGUACAAAAGCGUGUUAGUUCUCUUUGAAUUUGGCUAGUUAUUUCAGGGUUGAUCGUAUAGUGAUCUCUUGGCUUUAAGCUAAGAAAACUGUUAACUGAAUUACUAUUAAGACAAAAUAUCUCAAAAGCUGAGUGUUUGCUGGUUUGAAGAGAAUAAUUUUGUGAUAUAGUUUAGAUUGGUAGUUUGCAGACACUAACUGAGUGAACUGAUUAUGUUGUAUUAUAUCUGCAUGUGAAAUGUGAUUGGUAGCUAGCUACUGUAUAUCUCUUUUUUUUUAAGAAAAGCAAGAAAAAUAUGGGAAAAACAAAAGUGCAAAUGCUUCACUUUUCUUGGUCUUUUUUCUGUUUUUCAAUUCUGUAUUGUAUGUAUCUUUUUUUUCUUUUCUUUCUAAGCGUCCUAAAAGUGUCACAUUAUGUUCUAUGAAUGUUUGUGUUUUAAUUUAUUUGUGGUUUGCCAAAAUGAAGAUUUGAAGCAUGUUGCAGGUAUUGUCACAAGAUAAUGAGAAGAAGAAAAAAAAACUGCUAAAAAUGACGGCCCAUGCUUCGGGAGAAGGGGGAAUGUUUGUUUAUUUGGGGGGAUUUCAGGGAGUAUAUAAAUGGACAAGAGGUCGUAAAGCCUCAAGGAUAUAAAAGUAGUAUUUCUUUGCUCCUUUGAUACUUCCUGGUCCCCUCAAUGAUGUCACUGCUGUCUCUUCCCCAUUGGUCCUAAUCUAGAUAAUGAAUUGGCUUAUGGGUAAUUCUGUAAACAGACAGAUCUAGACUGAAAGUUCCCCCAGUCGUAGAUCUGGGAUCAGUAUGACCUCCCUGUGCUUCAAAUCUCACUCAUAAAGGGAAUGUGCACAUCUGACCUGUGAUCAGUUACUCUGGGCCACUCUUGACUUGACUUGAGUGUUUGGUCAAGACCAAGGUCUUAAAAGUUUAAAAGGUAAAGGUUGUUGCAAGACCAAACAGGAAUGUGCAAUAAAAAGUUACAGCUUAUUCAAUCUCUGAUGAUUUGAU